AGGUUAACGGCACCCGACAGGCACUCGGCAUGGCUUUAUUAUGCAUCCAGCAAACCAGAUGCAGGCGCGCCUGUGAAGCCAGCUGUUGUGGAGGAGUUUUAGGAGCGAAUCAAGACGGAUCCCGAAGGGCAGAAAACAGGAAAUCUAUCACAGAAAGAUUAGCUGACUCCUUGAACAACUAACCACGAUGUCUGACUUCAAAACUAUCGUUUUCUUUGACCUGGAGACAACUGGAUUAAACACUGGUGAUUGUGCCAUCACCCAGCUGUCAGCAGUCUGUGGAGAGAAGGUCUUCAAUGUCUACACCCUCCCAGACCGUGAGAUCACUAGGGGCGCUUCACUGGUCACAGGCCUCACCGUCGAGGAUGGCACCAUGUUUCUCAAUGGGGAACCUGUGGAGACCAUCCCUCUGCUCAAAGUUCUCACCUCCUUCAUGGACUUCCUUCGCCCGUUCCCCAGCCCAGUGAUUCUGGCAGCGCACAAUGGUAGGCGUUUUGAUGUACCUGUUCUCAUGCGAGUGGUGAAACAGCUCUCCCUACAGCAAGACUUCCUGCAGGUGGUUUCAGGGUUCAUGGACACCCUCCCGUUGAGCAGGGAUCUUUAUCCAGAUCUGCCAAAGCAUUCUCAGGGGAGACUGGUAAAGCACUUCCUGGGUGAGAGCUUUGACGCCCACAACGCUGUGGAGGAUGCUCGGAUGCUGCAGAAGCUGUUCAACAAGUGGGGACCAGACAAACAGACCGUCCAGAGAUUUAUCGACAACGCCGAUACACAAACCUAAGAGGAAACUAGUCCGUCCACAAAAACAUAAUUGUUGAUGUUCUUUGCAGUUUUUUCUUACAAAGAACCCUCAGGUGUUUACACUGGUUAUUUUCUUUAAUGCUGAGUAAAGUUUAAUGUCAGCUGGAUUUAAUUUCUUGUUGGGGUAGACAUCUAAUGGGCACAAUUCAUAUUUAGUUUUUAGCUUUGUUUUCUGAUAUAAUGUGUGAAAUGUCUUAUCUUCACAGUUUUGUACUCUUCUGUCUGGCAUAUUGUGUUUUUUGAACACAAAACAUUAAAAUUCCAUUUAAUUAA